CCUCCAUCCAUCCUUGCCAUUCUGGUCUGGUCUGGCCUGGUCUUUCCGUUCGUAACUGGACCGUACCGUCGUCGUCCCUCACUCACCUUCCAGUCCAUUUGCUUGCCUGAUUGCUUGCUUUUCUGUUGUCUGCUUUCGACUCAUACGCACGCGCACACAUACACGCAUACACACUUUCUCACACUCUCACCCUCACAAUCUCACACACAUCGUUCCUUUCUCUCCUUCCCUCUCCUUCUCCACCAUUCGGACCAUCCUGUUUUCCUUUUCCUUCAACUACCUCGACCUGGAACUCGAUCCUGACCUCGAUCUCGCUUGAGACGGUCCGCACCCCAAAGACGAAUAUCGGAAAAAGGAAGAGAACAACAAAAAAACAAAACAAAAACAAAAAAGAAGACGCCCGCCGCUUACGAACGAGCGCCAUCCCCCCCGAAUCCCGACCUCCUUCCUCGCCCAAGCCUUGUCUUGCUCCUGUCCGGGCGUCGAAGCGCAUUCCUGCCUCCCGCUCUCGACUUUUUGGGGGGUUUAAGGUCUCGGUAUUCUCUGGGACUAUGCCCGUUGGACGCUUGUAUCUGCCUAUGCGUCUCUAACUGACUCUGACUCCUGUUUCCGUUGAUUUCGACUCGGCCUCUGUCACUGUCUCUACCGAGCGAAACCUGUGAGGUGCCUCGUUGCAAAACACUGCCACCGUCGCUCCCGCCGUUGCUUCUUUAUGGCGUCAAAACUUAACGCAGCGAGUAUCACCCGCUGCCUGCAGUUGUAGACGAAGACGCGCCCAACACCGGCCAUGGAGGCCACCGAACCCCGGUCCCCGCAAGUCGGCCCCGGCUUCGGCGUGCGCCCUCCUCAACGCGAACAGCCUCCGCGCAGCCCAUUAAGCCCGAGAGGCAUAGCCACCCGCAGCUCGAGACUCGGAGGGUCGCCAAAGUCUGGAACUGGAGACGGCGACAGGGAAGGCCAGAGCCAGAGUGCCACCGCUGGAGUCGGAGCAACGUCUGGGGGGAAAUGGUCUGCCAAGAUGCGCCUGCCGGCGUCCUCGACGAAACCGUUGGUCCCCGCGACGAAAAGGACAUCCGAGGAGAGAAAUCAGGUCUCUACGCGACGCAUGAGGGCCGACAGCUCCGCCGACGAUAAGUUCGAGAUUGCCCCCGAUGGAGGUUCUGCUGGACGUGAAGGAAGACAAUUCACCGUUGCCAACGUGGGGAACAAUGGCCGCAUAUACUUGAGACCGACUGUCCGCCCCGCCAACCAGAGAUACCCUCAGCCCAAUUUUGUCUUUCCCAUAACGCCACCAGGGACGGCCGGUCUUGAUGCCCUGACGGAGAAGCAAAAGCAAAAGGGCGCAAGCGAUCUUCAUCUGAGCCAGUGGACCGACACGCCGCCCACUCCUGCAACGCCUGCAACGGUCACCAGCCCUUUAACGUCGAGUAGCAGCCGUUACUUUUCCGCUCACGCCCCGCGGCCUUCUCAACACCGACGCGCCCACUCCGAUUCAACGGUUCACGACGGCGCCACGAGUCGCAAUUCUGAGGCUGAGGGUUUCAAGAUCGUCAUCUCUAAGCCCGGCGACGAAAAACGAGCAAAAACCACCGAGGAUCUCGAUGCGCCUCAAAUUCCAAUGUUAGACAUCGAAAUUCCAAAUUGGAAAUUGGGCAACCCGCGCUUCACCGCUAGAGGCACUCCAUUCUUCAGAGGCUCGAGUUAUGCCCCGACGGACGAGUUUCCUUCUUCCAGCAACGUCUCUGUUCUGCACAAAUCUCCGACGGGCGACCUCGCUCCAAGGAUGCCCGAGUCAACAGCAUCCAGGAAGCCUAGUCCCAUCUCGAUCCCUCAAAUACGCCUGCCACCCCUGGAACCCUCGAGGUUCGCCGACCCUCUCAGUCCACCUCCCAUGACGACGCCCCGGCUGCCCGCCGUUCGCUCCACUUAUAUGUCGACCCAUCUGGUCAUCGAACCCACCAUGUUCGAUGCCCUCACAUUCAAGCCAACAUGCGACGACAAAACGAUAGUGCGGUACUCUCCCUCUACAGGCGCCGUGACGGCGGCGACACCGCCACGACUCGUCGCCGAGUUUACCUCUCCCAGCUUCCUCGACUACGAGCUCAUUUCCGAUUUUUUCCUCACGUACCGGACCUUCCUGGAGGCAGGCGAUCUCCUGAAGUUGCUGAUGGCGCGGUUACGAUGGGCAUUGGGCCGAAACGAUGAAAUCGGCAUGGUUGUCCGGGUGCGCACCUUCGUCGCUAUGCGUCAUUGGAUUCUCAACUACUUCAUGGACGACUUUGUUGUCGAGUACGGCCUGCGCGUUUCCUUUUGCAACCUCUUGAACGACAUGUUUGAUGAGAUGGCGACUGAACCUCAAGGUCGAAAGGUUCAAUUGAAGAUUCUAGCCGAGCUGAAGAAGUGUUGGCGACGAGUCUGUGCCCAGUUCUGGGAUGGCCCCGAAUUCGAGCCAACCCUCGGACCGGGUGUGCCCAUCGCACCAGGCGGUAUUGCUGGCCACCGAAACGCCAGCCUGGAUCCAUCGUUCUGGGAGAAGGAAGACGCUGCUCCGCGGCUGGAUGGCCUCUUUGCGCCAAUUUUAGAGGACCAAGAACAGACGAGCUUUCGCGACGAUGUAUCCCGCGCUGGACACUUUGAGGAUUCUCAGGCCAUGGGGGUUCGGCCCGCCACGCCAGAGAACCGCCACGUCCAAGAAAUCGACAGACGACAGGCGGCUUCGCCUACGAGCAUUGCCAGUAUGGACAUCAUCUCCUGCUCAUUCCCUGGUAAGACCUCGAGAGGGCACCAGCAUGGCAGCAACUACACACUGGGUGCUCAUCCUGUAGUACCCGCAAGCUCGACCCAUCCCGGCACAGGGCUUAUUGCCACGACACCGAGGGCGUUGGUUGGGAAGCGCGUACGGGCGGGCCACGGACACAAGAGAAACGGAAGCUUGACGGACUCCCUCAGAGAAAAGGAGCAUGCCGCUGACCGAUCGGGCUUCCAAGACACGGAUUUUCUCAUGUCGCUGCCCUUCGCCGGCAGUCUCGUUCGAGGAAACCUGAUGCCACCCGGUCAGCCGUAUGUUGAGAUCAUGUCCCCCAGCCUCGCAGGUGAUUUCCAGCGACAUACGACGAUAUUUCAGGUGCCGGGACAACAGCGAAGCGCCUCGGCAAUGUCUGGGCAAGGCAUGAAGAAGCUGAUUGGCAGUGUUCGACGAGCCCUCAGCACAAGAGGGCAAGGAGUCUCCCCAACACAAGCCAACUUCAUCAACAUAUCCCCCAUCGGACCUCGUGGAGCGACGACAAACCGGUUACCCGGGACCGCGGUUGUUCCUCAAGCUAGACCACAGCACAAUGGAAUCCGUCCCCCUGUGCGGAUAGACCUUCUGGGCGCGGAAAUUGUCGAGGAUUUCAAGAAGGCAGUACGAGAAGACGCAGCCGCAGACGCAGCCAUCGAAACCGAACGAAGGGGGUUUAUGGGCCCUGUCGCUGGCGCUUUGCGCAACGCAGUAUCAAGGGAAGGUCUUGACUACUCAGCAACCCAUCUGGUCUCCUCUUUUGGGAGCAUCCCCGAGGAUGAUAUCCUCCGACCCGUCAGUGACAUGGCGAUUACGACGGGUAGCAAGUCAAUCGUCAUUGUGGACGACACGAUCCCGUUCUCCCUGCCAACGAUGCAUGGGGCGUUGCCAGCUAGCGAGUCUUUCGAAGCAUUUGCCGAUGCAUUCCUGCCCACUGGUGCGGAUCCAACGCCGCCAAAUACCCCUCCGGGGCAAGCCGUGGGUACUCCUAGACGGUCGUCUUAUCUUCUCAACCAGCACGUCGUCAGACAAUCCAUAUCGGCAGAUCCUUUGCCUCCUUUUAUACCCGACUUGACAACCCUGGGUAAUGGCGGCAGCGUACGUCCGUCAAUGGAUAGCGGUCGCCCUUUCUCGGAGUUGGUCGAAGGAACUUCCAGCAGGCCGACCUUCACCAGAUCAGUGAGGAAACACCUUCGGCAGAAAUCGAGCAGAACGAAUCGAUCUCUCGAUUCGGCCAUUAUUCGUCGACGCACAGCCUCGUUUGGAAGCGCAUUCGACCCUCGCUCGACGGUCAAGAGUUUUGACGCAACCACUUACACGGAGGGCUCUGUAGCCGACGAGAACGAGAACGAUACCCUCCCUCAACCUCUUCGUGUCUUGAGGCGGAGACCAGGUGGUGCUCUUCGGGCAGUGAAUAACAUAGGUGGCCUGGAUGCCCUGCCACUGCGUAAGUCGCGAUCUGCGGGCUCCCUCACAACCUAUUCGGAGUCAAUGCGAAGCUCUUCUCUGCAAAGCCCCAACCACGACACCAGCGCGUUUGUAGACGUUGUCUCGAGCGAGUUUUCGCACCGCGAUGAGGCAGACAACUUCUCCCUCGGUGCCAUGGCAGAGCCGUCGUCAAAACGACAGGUUUCAUUCUUCAGCACCCACUCGUCCAAGCCGAUCAUGCGCCCGUCCUUCGAAGCAGAGGCGCAGAAGCUUGCACAAAUCCCCGACGACGACGAUGAUGGUGGCGUAGAAUCGGCCCUGCUCAAACUGGAAGGCAAAUACGAAAAGAAGACUUUCAAACUGUCCAUGGAGCCCUCCAAUGCUCCGAUUCACGACGCAGACGCCUCCAAUAAGCCCGGUAUUGAGCCUGAAGUUCACAGAUCAGGCAAGAGAGAGAAUCGUCGGUUACACGUCCUUCCCGGCGAUGCUGCAUUGGACCAGCAGGGUGAGGGGUUCGAGACCCAUUCCAGCUUUCUCAACCCCCCCCGGAGGUCACACACUGCAACGAGCUUCUUGUCAGACAAAUCUGCGGGAUCCUACUGCUCUAUUCCUCUCUUGGAACGCGGCUUGACGGACGACGGCCGUAGUAAAGCAUCUGUUGGCGAAUGGACGGAUAUGUCCGUACUCCAGGGACCUGAGGAUGACAUAUCCUCGGCAGAGACUCCACGACCAAUGUACGAAGGAUCCUCACGCGAUUCAUCUUUCGAGUUCGUUCAAAGAACCGAAAGCAUGGAAAGAAUCAACCCAAAGGCGCCGCCGAGCGAACAAUCGUUCUUGGACGAUGACAGCGACGAAGACGAUUUGCACUCGGACCUUUCCUCUGAACUCUCAACAGAGAUGGUUGAGCCGGAAGAGUUUGCCAUGAACCAGACACAGCCCCUGCCCAAUCGCAAUGCACACCGCAGUGUGUCUAUCCUCGAGUUCGAUCGUCGACCAUUGAGAGAGUCGACCAUUGGCAUGUCAGACGGUCCUCCUUCGCCACCAAUGACGCUGUUCCAGGCCCUUCAAAUGUCGCCUGAAGCCGCCCUGGUUCCAGAACUCCAUGAGGACCAGGUGUACCAGCAAAAGCCUCUCCCGCCGACCCCUGAUACGGUCCCGGUAGCCAGGGACCAAGCGAGGUCGCCAUCUGACCCCACGGGCACCAAGGAAGCCCUGCGCGGCCAGCCCAGGUACUUGGAGCCCGAACGCGAGUCGUCGCUGAGAUUUUCAGUCCACCUGCCGUUCACCCUCGCCUUCGAUUCUGAGAUCUUGGCGCAGCAAUUCACGCUGAUCGAGAAGGACGCUCUCAACGAGAUCGACUGGAAGGAGCUUAUCGACAUGGGCUGGAAAAACGCGACCAACAACGACUCUCGUUCAUGGGUAGACUUCCUACGCAACACAGACGCCCAUGGUGUUGAAGUCGUUAUUGCGCGCUUCAACAUCAUGGUGAAGUGGACAUGCAGCGAGAUCGUCCUCACACAGAACAUCGAGGAACGGGCGCGGUGCAUCAUCAAGUUCAUUCACAUCGCCGCUCACUGCCGUCGAUACCGCAACUUUGCGACCAUGAGCCAGAUCACCAUCGCCUUGACUUCCAUUGAGAUAUCUCGACUUUCAAACACCUGGGCCAUGGUGCCGCCCCACGACAUGCAGACUCUGCGGGGUCUCGAGGCUCUCAUUUCACCUACGCGCAACUUUUACAACUUGCGCGCGGAGAUGGAGAGUGGCUCCGACACGGGUUGCAUCCCGUUCGUGGGCAUCUAUACACACGACCUGCUCUUCAACGCCCAGCGUCCCUCCGAGAUUGCCAGCUCGCCGACGACCGCACCGCUCGUCAAUUUUGAGAGGUGUAGAUACGCCGCUACCAUUGUCAAGACGCUGCUGAGGCUGCUCGAGGCUAGCACGUUGUACCAAUUUCAGCCCGUGGAGGGCAUUACCGAGCGCUGCCUAUGGAUGAGCGCUCUCAGCGACGAGGAGAUACGUAAACACUCCCAUCGUCUUGAAUAAGCCAGCACGACUUCAUUCUCGGGCACAUGACAUCAUAUCCUGACUACAAAGGGGCACCAAUCUCGACGGUAAUCUCGAUCCGUCUUGUAGGAACCUCACACUUUUUUACGCGUUUUACCCUUGUGCCUCUCACGAACGACGACUUCGGCUCCCGUUUCCUACCCUUCCAUCCUGCACAAGCAUUUAUUCCGACCUAUGCAUUCAAUACCGAGGUCUCUUUUCAGCGAUCAUCGUUCACACCCCCCCGUGGCCUUGAAGCGGCGUCUUCAAGGCGGUGACCAUAUACCCUGUAUUGAUAAUACCCACAUGAUAUCACUCGAGCAUUCAGGCUCGAGAACCGGAGGAGAGGCGGAUACGGUUAGAAGAGGACAUCUGGUCGCUGUCGGCCAUGUAUGCAUAUAGAAAGCGGUGGUCUAUACCCCUUACUUAGCGUCAUUUGAGCGAGCGAGCGACCACAACGGCAAGAAUAGGGAGUUGAGGGAAACAUUGGGAUUUUUUUGGAAGGGAUAUGGAAAUACUGAGCUUCUGGGCUCUUACGGCUUCUUCAGCGACGUUCAAUACCCCUUUUGCAUGCUAGAGCCUCUAGUCAACUCAACUAGGCGAGUAAAUCAGCCAAAUACCAAAAGAUUACCCAACUUUUUCGGUCCGUAUCUGAUAUGCAAGCUGGGUGAUGAGACAUGUUUCGGAGACUUUCCUGCACGACAAGAGAGCAAGAUUUUCUCAAAAAGCGGUCUACCUUCUGAUGAGACGGUAAUCACGCUUCUCAUCUGGAUGCCGACGGGACUUUUGGGUACUGAUGCAAGUCGACGACUGUGGGGUUGGGGCAGGUUCUGGAGUUUGAUGCGUAUGACGACUGAACAUAGCCCCAUGUCGAGCACCCCACCUUUAAGCAUUGUUCAGGCGU